AUGACCCGGACCUUUGCGAGUCGAAAUGCGACAACAAGCGAUGAUCAAACAAUACCACUGCCCCUGUCACUGCCAUUGCCUCGCGUCGACUCGCCUUUGGGAGGCACUCCUCCCAUGUCUUUUGGUACGCAAAGCGACAAUCGCAGCACAAAUGCCGCUUCAUCCUCACCAGACCCCGGCUUCGAUACGCCCAACUCCAAACCAAUUCCUCCCGGCAACCAAAGGUCGGCGAGCACUUCCAAGGGCAAUUCCUCGCUUCACUUCUUCGUCGUGGACCAUCCCGAGAAGCUCAAAGACAAGCGCCAGAUGAGAGAGCUCCGGAAACAUGUCAUGUACGACUACCUGGACAAGGAGCGACGCAAUCCAGAAAGCACCGACGCUCGUGUCAUGCGCUCCACGACGGUGUCCAAAAACAAAAAGCGCAAGCGUCUGGAUGCGCAGCUGCCGGCAAGCUCAUGUAAUCCACAGGCACCAAGUUGCAUCUUUGGCCCACGACAGAGCUCCGUCUCCGCCGUCCGUGGUACUGCAAGCUCCACUGGCUCAUCGGAUGGCCCGAGUCAACCUGCGCCCACUUCCGACCAAGCAUCUCCUCCGACCAAGAGGCAACAACCCGCCGACCGUCGUCCCAUAUCCUUCUGCAAUGACAUCGCACCCCUGGUGCCUCCGAUCGCUGCAGACCUCAGCACUACUCCAUAUUCGCGAGUCUCCCUAGAGGACAUACCCAACCCGACGUCUUACAUAGGAUCUGACCUAAAUCCAUUCGAGACUUGGCCUGCUUUCUCUGAUCUCAAGUGCAGCAUCGGAGCCCUCAAAUGGUGUUGUAAGUAUGCUUUCGAGUAUUGGAGGAGAGGGGGCCACUGAUACCUUCCAGGUAGCAGGUAUUUCAGCAGUCAAGGCCUUUCAGCUCACUGGGUACCUACCGUGCUUCAAGCGAGACAUGCCUUUCUCUCCACCAUAUGUAUCUCCUCUUCCCACGAGGACAUCAUGAGACGCGCGGAGCAGGCGCCUCACGAGCGACGUCAGCAUGGCUCCCACGCACGUAUGCAGGCUCGAGGCGAAGUGAUAUCGUUGAUCAACCACGCUAUGAAUGACGACAAGGCACGGACAGCUGACACCACCAUCAUCGCCGUACUGCAGCUCCUAGCCAGCGAGAUCAUGGGCUGCGACGACCAGGCUAUGAGAAUACAUCAAGAGGGCUUACACCGCAUGGUCCGCCAUAGAGGCGGACUGGACAACCUAGGCGUGGCAGGUCAGCUGGCUCCAAUCAUGACAAUGUGAGUACCCCACGAAUAUCAAUAGGAGCGGCUCGAUGGCUGACACGAGCAGAAAGAUGUACAUGAUCAGCGCUCUGCGUGAGACAGAGCCUCACGCCGACUUUGUCAAAUAUGCUGCCAAGAUGCGGACAAGAUCUCCCCAUUCCAGCAAUCUUCAGCCCAUACCGGAGUCGCCCGUCUAUUUCAGACGGUCUGGCUAUCACACCAUAUUGCAAGCAGCGGCACCUCCUAGUCCAGUCUACAGACUCCUCGAGAUCCUGCGACUCUUGUUCGACAGCUUCGUGAGGACGACAAGCAUCAAGAUUGCCAGUCCCACGUCUCCGAUCCGAGCAAGGGCAUCGUCGGCGGCCAAGACAUCACACGACGUGCACAUGCUCCGCGACGAAAUCUUUGCUCUCCGACCCGCCGCAGAACGACCUGACGACUUCCCCGGCGCCAACGACCAGCACACGUACGAAGCCCUCCGCUUAGUCGCCAUGGUCUACUCCCACGCCCUCGCCCACGAGAUCCCCUUCUCCAAGUCCGCGAGCGAGCUCUCCAGGAGUUUCGCCACCCAGAAGAGCUGGCACACCCUCAUCCAAUCCCACAUCCAACGCACGAACCUCAGCGAUUGCUGGUCUCACAUGGCCGGCGUCCUCUUCUGGGCCACCCUCGUCGCCGCAGCAUGCGCGAAUCCCGAUUCCGCGUCUGUCGCCCUCGCCACGCGCGACCGCGACCGCUGGGAUGAGCAUGAAGAAGCGCGAAAGUGGUUGACUGCCGUUGCGAUGCGGUGCUCGAUCCUGCUGAGUUUCGAGUAUGGAGGCGCGAUUCUCGAGACGCUGAAGAGGCUGGUGGGCAUGGAACAGGCGCUCGGGGAGAUUGAUCGGGAGAAACGUCCGGGCGGCGAAGAGGGCUUUGCGAGGAGAGCAAGGGGGGGAGAAGAUGAGAAUGUGGUGGCUAGGGACGUCGUGCAAUUCGGAGUCAUGCGCCAGCGGCAACAACAACCUGCAUCUUCCUCAGCAGCAGCACCACGUCGAAAGACGACGACGACGACGACGACGACGACCAUGUUUGGACCUGCCGAGCGACCGUUCGUGCAGAGGACAUUUCAAGAUUUCGCGCAGGACUUUCUGAGCGAUACAAUCUGA